GUGGAUGCUCAGCAGGGGUGUGUGAGAUAUUAGUGCGCUGUCAGCGGGAGGGGGGAAACUCCUCAGGGACUUCAACCAUCCUCAUACAGACAGAAGAGCCGGCAGUCGUCAGGAGGAAUAUGGGCAAAUCCGAAAGCCAAAUGGAUAUCAUGGAGAAAUCGAGUAAACCUGGGAAGCGUCGCUGGACUGUUGCAGAGAUCGGUCUCUCAGUGCUGCUGCUGUUGGUCAGCUGUGCCUUGGCUGGGCUGGUGGUCCUCUACACGUCAGUGGUGAAAGAACAUGCCACCAGGACGAGCGUGUCAAAGAGCUCAACAAGUGAAGGUCAGCUGUUACGCUCUAGCCCCAGGGAAGUGUGCACGACUGCAGACUGUGUCAUUGCAGCUGCUCGACUCCUCCAGAACAUGGACCAGUCAGCGAAGCCCUGCGAUAACUUCUAUCAGUAUGCUUGCGGGGGCUGGCUGGAGAGACAUGUCAUCCCAGAGACGAGCUCCCGCCACAGCGUCUUUGACAUUCUGAGGGACAAACUGGAGAUUGUCCUCAAAGGUGUUCUGGAAACAAAGAGUGAACAGGACAGAGACGCAAUAAAGAAGGCCAAAAUCCUGUAUGGCUCCUGCAUGAACGAUAGUCUCAUAGAGCAGCGGGACUCACAGCCCCUUCUGAAACUCAUCGACAGUGUCGGAGACUGGCCUGUGGCGUCAGAUGACUGGAACAUCACAACAGAGGAAUCAUGGAGCCUAGAGGACACACUUGCAACCCUCACUGGACGUUUCCACAAGAAAACUCUGCUGGACAUGUAUGUGUGGACAGAUGAUCGUGACUCUCGACGUCAUAUUAUUUAUAUUGACCAGCCAGGACUUGGAAUGCCAUCAAGAGAUUAUUACUUCAAUGACGGAAACUACAAAAAGGUUCGGGAGGCCUACCUUCAUUUCAUGGUUUCCAUCGCAAAGAUAACCCGAGAGGACAGGAACUUGACUCAGGAUGACGACCGCGUGUGGGAGGAAAUGAUGCAAGUGCUGGAUCUGGAGACAGACAUUGCCAAUGCUACAUCACCAGCAGAGGAGCGUCAAGAUGUGACCGUCCUCUACAACAAGAUGACUCUGGGAGAGCUACAGAGCACUUACAGCCUUAAUGGUUUUAACUGGACACGAUUUAUUCAAGGAGUGCUGUCAGGUGUGUCUAUCGAAGUGCAGCUGGAGGAGGAGGUGGUGGUUUACAGCUCUCCCUACCUCGAGAAGAUGGAUGACGUACUCUCCAGACACAGUGCCAGAACUAUGCAGAACUACCUCAUCUGGCAGCUCAUCAUCGACAGGGUAAACAGCCUGAGCCGUCGUUUCAAAGAUGCCAGAGCACGUUACCGAAAGACUCUCUAUGGGACCACUGUUGAGGAUGCUUGGUGGAGGGAAUGUGUCCGUUAUGUUCAGAGCAGCAUGGAGAACGCAGUGGGAGCUCUGUAUGUUCGAGAGACCUUCGCUGGUGAGAGCAAACAAAUGGUCAGCGAUCUUAUCAGUAAGAUCCAGCAGGCGUAUGUGGAAACACUGGAAGAGUUAAACUGGAUGGAUGCUCCCUCCAAGGAGAAGGCAAGAGAGAAGGCCAUGGCAAUCAAGGAGCACAUUGGUUACCCAGAUCAUAUUCUGCAGGACAGCAACAAGAAGCUUGACCAGGAGUAUGCUCAUCUUAAUUUUAGUGAAGAGCUCUAUUUUGAGAACAUCCUGGAGAACCUGAGGUCGGAAGCACAGAGGAGCCUGAAGAAGCUCAGAGAGCCGGUUGACCCUGACCUGUGGAUCAUUGGUGCUGCUGUGGUGAAUGCCUUUUACUCUCCCAACAGAAACCAGAUAGUGUUUCCAGCAGGAAUCCUGCAGCCGCCUUUCUUCAGUAAACAGCAGCACCAAGCCCUCAACUUUGGAGGGAUUGGAAUGGUUAUCGGCCAUGAGAUCACACAUGGAUUUGACGAUAACGGGCGUAAUUUUGACAAGGAUGGUAAUAUGCUAAACUGGUGGAGUAAUUACUCUGCGGAGCAUUUUAAAGAGCAGUCACAGUGCAUGGUGCAACAGUAUGGCAACUUCAACUGGAAGCUAGCAGGUGGACAAAACGUUAGUGGUAUCAGCACUCUGGGGGAGAAUAUUGCAGACAAUGGAGGCGUUCGUCAAGCAUAUAAGGCCUAUCUGAAGUGGGUGGAGAUGCAGGGUGAAGAGCCUCAUCUUCCUGGCUUAGACAUGGACCACAAGCAACUUUUCUUUCUUAACUUUGCCCAAGUGUGGUGUGGUGCUUAUCGGCCUGAGUACGCCAGCCAGUCAAUCAAGACUGACUCACACAGUCCCUUGGAAUACAGGGUGCUCGGCUCUCUCCAGAACUUCGAAGCGUUCUCAGAAGCUUUUCAGUGCCAAAAGGGGAGUCCAAUGAACCCCAAGCAGAAGUGUCGUGUCUGGUAGAAAGUUUUACUCUCCAGAUGUUUAUUUCUAGACAGGACACCUCAAAUGUAAAAGAGGAAGUAGUUCUUGUUCAACCUACAGAGACAUUGUCCUUAUUUCAAUAUAUUGGAGCAGAGUGAUGACAGAUGUUUGCAUAUAAUGUAGAUGUAUUUAAAUUGGCUAAAAUCCCAGACCACACACUAGUUAAAUUCUACAAGCAUGUAUACUAUAAAAAAACUUGAGUUUCUUCUCAAGUUUAACGUGUUAUGGAAAAGUUGGUCAUCUGUCAGAAUAACAGAUGAGAAAGAAGAGUGACUUACGUGAAAAGGUUAGCGCCUUAGAGGAUGCCACUUUUGAAAGAAUCCAUACAUUUUGUCUGUUAAAAUCUUGUGACUUAAAAAUUUACAUCUGGCACAGAGUUACCUCUGUCUGACUGAAUGUUUUCAAGAUGUGCCGCCACAGAAGUGACAUGGGUGAAAAAAAAUCCAACUCUAUCACUAGACUAUAAAAUAAAUGAAAUCUGUGGGCUUUGCUGAAGUUAUGCUUCGAUAGUAUUAGUCACACUCUGAGAGUUUUGCUCAUUCACUGUUACAUUUAACAAAUUAUCUAAAGACUUUAAGACUGUUAAAUCUUUGCAGCUUUAACCUUAAAUUAACUUUCUGCUAAAGCUGCUGCUUUCAGCAUUUUUACACUGACAGAGUGGAAAAAAUAUUUAAUAUUUAUGAACCUAUUGAGUUCUUUUUGAGGGACAUUUUUUUCUAAGUUUCUUUAUUAGGUUCUGCAAAGGAUCAUUGCUGAAAACUCACUGCAGAAAUUUCUAUGUAUAUCAUGACUGUUUGCUGUUAAAAACAUAUUUAGGUAUUUUGAAAAAUAUUGAUGGUCUUCUGCUUUGUAGCUUGAGUUCAACACAGCUGUUAGUGAAAGAGUGGUGAGAUGAUGAAAACUCUUACCCUGUUGCUAAUUGUUAAUUUUUCAGAUGGCUGCUAAUCACAUGAUUCUAUUUACCCCUUAAGUACAGUUUUAAGAGGCUUUGAAGUGUUUAAAAUGGGCCACCAAAAUGAUUCACAUGUGCCAUUUGUAGGACGGUGCUUGCAUACAUUUAUUUAGAUUAAACAUGUUUAAAUUAGAAUUAAAUCACCCAUAUUAGUGCUGCAAAUGGGCAGUGUUGGGUAGCGUUACUUUUGAAACUAACUCAUUAGAUUACUGCAUUACAUACUGAGAAAAGUAAUUCAUUACGUUACUGCGUUACCUACUUCUAAAAAAACACAUUAGAGUACUUUUGCAUUACUAAAUAGUAAAACCCUUUAGCCACUUGUUCUACUCUGCGGUUGUAAAAACAGAUAACAACCGCACAUCUGCAUUUGAAUGUGCAGACUCUAAUGCCAAUGUACAGCCUGAACACCAAUUUACAGCCCAUAAUCUGUAUCUCUGCGGCCUGAGAACACCGCUAACAGAAAGGAAAACCUUCACAGCUCUCUAACAUGUUCACAAUCUGACAACAAGCUGAGCAGAGGCAGACAGAAUUACUCAAAUGCUGUGCGUAAUAACAGCGCGUAAUUGAAACAGCUGCACAGCUGAAUCAAUGAUAGCAAACGGAGCUUUUAAACUUAUGUUUCACUGUGAUGCUGUUAUUGUCACUUUUAUCUAAAAAUCCAUAAUAAUUGGGAUAAUUCCCCAGUGUCAUGCUGUCCUCUCUAUCAUCGGGCUGGUUCAACAAGCUAACAACGGGCACGUAAUGGCACAGAAUGUUUACCUUCUCUGGCACGGCACUACGUGCCAACGUGACUACGGGAAGAAAGAAGGCCAGACAGAGCAGAUGCUUCAAGGAGCUUCUUUUUUUUCUUCCUCUCUUUUUGAAGCCACGGAAGAGAGAGGAAAUUUGGGAUUUUUCUUUCAGUAACGGAUUACUUUUAUGAAAAUGUAACGAUUAACGGAAUUACUUGAGUUUUAAAACCAAUGCGUUACAUUACUCGUUACAACAAAAAAGUAAUCUGAGAACUCUAAUGGAUUACUUUGUAACAUGUUAUCCCCAACACUGCAAAUGGGGGUUAGUUGUUCACAGCAGCAAACAAUAAAAGCAAAACAGAUGAAGAACAUUUAAAGAUCUGCAGUUGUUCCCAGUGUCAUAUCACACAAUCACAGAAAAAAUAUUUAAAAUAUAUUUUAAAAGUUUCUUUUUAACUUGAAAUACUGACUGAUUUGAUAAGAAACGGUACUUUCCUCUAUACCCUGGUGAUUAUAAAGCUGUUUGCCUCUAGGCAUGGCCAAUUACAUGCUAAAGGGGGCAGCAGGAAGAACCUUCACAGAUAGCAUCACACAUGGACGAGCAGCAGAUGAAGUGGUUUGCCCUCUGAUUGACUCAAUUGACAUUGAUCAGCUCUGUGUAAGAUAAAAGGAUGGAGUGCAGUAAGCUGAAGCAUGGUGACCGCUGCAAGCUGAACCACAAGCUCUGUGACAGAAAGGCAGGACAAAGGGGGCUUGCCAUUAUAAAGCCGGCCAGGGACAGGACUGUUAUUUUGUAUCUUUAUUAACAAGUAAUGAUGGGAGAAUCAAAGCAGAAAGGAUGGAUGUUGUAUCUGCAGGAUGUUUUUUUUUUUCAUGCUGAACAGAGCUUUCAUUUAGCAGAAAAAAACAGCCUGUUUUGUUUGUUUGCUUGUCAUUGGUCAGAUUCAAAAUGCUGUGGUAACCCGAGCAAGACUUUAAGCCCUCAACAGAGGCUGUUGAAUUGAAUGUGCAUAUUGAAGCUUUAAGCUCUCAGUCUUCACACAUUGGCAUUUACUGUUGCUUUUAGCUACUCAGAAUGUAAAUGUUGAUAACAUGCUGCCACGUUUAAGCUGAACUUUGGCAUUUUGGGAAAUACACCAGUGGACUUUCUGGAGAUAAGAUGAAAGGUAACACUUAAGACACAAUCCUGAUUAUUAAUCAUGAAUUACAGUCAGAAAGUUAGGUGAGGUUAGGUUAGGUUAGGCUAACUUAGGUCAGGUUAGGUUAGGUUAAGUUAUUUUAAGUUAGGUUAGA